AUGAAGCCCAAGGAAGAUAUCAAGGUGAUGUCUGAUUGGUUUACUUUCAUCAUCAAUGGAUUGAAGUCUUUGGGAAGGCAUCUAAAUGAAGAAGUAGUAAUGAAGAUGCUUCGAAGCUUGCUUAAAUCAUGGGAAUGCCAAGAUGAAGAUCAAGAAGUAUGCAACCUUUGCCUUAUAACCAUUAAUGAUCCUAAGGAGUUAAUACUUAGGGAUAAUAAACUGACGAAAAUACCAGAUGUGGUUAUAUUCAAGAAGCUCUUAGUUUUUGAUGUUUCUUUCAAUGAAAUCACUUCAUUACAAGGAUUGUCGAAGGCCUCCAGCACAAUCAAGGAACUCUAUGUCUCCAAAAAUGAAGUUACUAAGAUGGAGGAGAUUGACCACUUGCAUGAGUUGCAAAUCCUUGAACUUGGUUCUCACAAACUACGGGUGAUAGAAAAUUUGCAAAAUUUUACAAAGUUACAAGAACUGUGGCUAGGAAGAAACCAAAUUAAAGUGAUUAACCUUUGUGGGCUUAGCUGCAUCAAGAAGAUUAGCUUGCAAAGUAACCAGUUAACAUCUAUGAUAGGGUUGGAGGAAUGCAAUGCUCUAGAAGAAAUAUACUUGAGCCACAAUGGUAUUGCAAAAAUGGAAGACCUAUCAAAAUUGGUCAACCUCCAAGUAUUAGAUGUUUCAUCAAAUAAGCUAACAUCAUUCGAUGAUAUUCAAUACUUAACAAGGUUGGAAGACUUGUGGCUCAAUGACAACCGACUAGAAUCACUUGAGGACAUAGCUGAGGGUGUUUCUGGUUCAAGAGAAAAGCUCACUACUAUCUACCUUGAAAAUAAUCCAUGUGUACGUUCUCCAAGCUAUUCCAACAUACUAGAUGGCUUGUUUUCUACUCCCUAA